CCAUGCAGUCCACGUGCCCGGGGGUCUCGUGCUCGGCUGGUCCAAUGGGAGCGCGGCCCGAACCCCGGGCUUAGUAUCUUUAAACCCCCCGCAGGGUCCCCACCAGGCACCUGGACGCACGCGCUGUCCCGCGGCAGGGAUGCUGCCUUGAGUGACUGACCCCACUGGAGAUCGUGCAUGCCAUCCAGGCUAGUCCUCCCCUCCUUGCGCCUCUUCUACACAGAAACGCGCUCUCUUGGCUUAUCCGUGCUCCUGGCUUACCCACGGCUCCCAGAACCUCUGAGGCAGGAGGCCCCCACUUCUACCUCAUGCGUGGAGCACCUUGCUAGCCAUGACCCUGACACUCGGUGUCCUGCUGCUGCUGGCGCUCUGCCAGGGUACCAUUUCAGAGGAGCCCUCGUCCUCCCCAAACAGUACCAAUGAUGGUCUGAAGUUUCAGUUGCCCACGCCGACCUAUGAGACCAAAGACGAUUACAUACCUAGGUCCAUCGGCAAUCUUUUUAAAAUGGUGCGCAUCUUCCUCUACGUGGUGCAGCCCAACUUUUUCCCAAAGGAUCUUGUAAGAGAAGUCCUACAAAAGAAGUUUGAACUCUCAAUGGAUUAUGGGAAGGUCAUCCAGUAUGAGAUCGGGGUUCUUUUCGGCGUUGUCCUGGGGCUGCUCUUCGUCAUCCUCAUGCCGCUGGUGGGGCUCUGCUUCGGCCUGUGCCGCUGCCUCAACAGGUGCGGCGGAGAAAUGCACCAGCGGCAGACGGAGGACGGGCCCUUCCGGAGGAAGUACUACGCCCUUGCCCUCCUGAUCCUCUGCGUGCUUAUGAGCAUUGGUAUCAUCUAUGGUUUCAUGGCAAACCACUACCUCAGGACUCACAUCAGAAAGGCCCGGAAACUGGCCGACAGCAAUUUCAGAGACCUGAGGACUCUCCAGAAUGUGACUGUACUGCAAAUGCACUAUGUGCUGGACCAGUACACCACCACAAAGGAAAAGGCCAUCUCAGAUCUGGACAAUAUUAAGACCUUGCUAGGAGGCGACAUUCAGGAACACGUAAAACUUAAAACGAUCCCUGUUCUUGAUGACGUCGAGGCCAUGGCAGAAGAGAUCAGAGACACCAAAGUACUCCUGGUGUCUGUGAACAGAAACUUAUGGGAGUUAAAGAAAUCACCCGAAGAGAUCUACAGACUCCUGCGGGAGGUGAAAAGAGACCUGGAGCAGUCCCUCAAGGACCCCGUGUGCUCUGAACCCACCCAGCGUGCCAGGUGCAACUCCAUCAGAAUGUCUCUGGACCAGCUGGACAACAACACCUACCUGGGCCAGCUCAGAUUGUUGGAUAACGAAAUUAAUAACGUCAAUGGUGUUCUUCAGACAAAUCUAUCCAGCCUGGUCCAAAUGAGCUAUCAAUCCAUUAAUAAUAUACCCGAGAGACUGCAAAAACAAACCACGGAAAUAAUACCAGCUGUCAAAAGGACCUUGAAUUACAUUGGUUUAAAUAUCAAAAUGAUAGCAGAAAAGGUUCCCAUUCAGGAAAAGCUGUCAGUUUUCUUGGAUUCCAUCGAAGACCUUGAAAGUAACAUCUACCGGGAAUUGCCUAGGGUGGAAAAAUAUGAGUCAUACAGGUGGCUGAGUUGCUUGAUUAUCUGCUGUUUUCUGACUCUCAUCAUGAUUUUUUAUUACCUGGGCUUGUUGUGUGGCGUGUUUGGCUAUAAACAGAAUGCCACCCCAACCACACGAGGCUGCGUCUCAAACACCGGAGGCACCUUCCUCAUGGUUGGGGUUGGAGUUAGUUUCUUCUUUUGUUGGAUAUCGAUGCUCUUUGUGGUUCUUACUUUUGCCAUUGGUGUAAAUAUGGAAAAAUUGGUCUGUGAACCUUACCAAAACAGGAAGUUAUUCCAGAUUAUGGACACACCAUAUUUACUAAAUGAGAAUUGGAAAUACUAUCUCUCUGGCAAGAUAUUUAACAAUAUGGAUAUUAAUCUCACUAUUGAACAAGUUUACAGAGACUGCAAAGACAACAAAGGCAUCUACACUGCCCUGCAGCUGGAGAAUGUCUACAAUGUCAGUGAGCAUCUCACCGUUGAGGAGCACAUUAGACACAUGAACAAUGAAUUUAAAAAGAUGAGCGUGAACCUUGAUGACAUUGUCCUCAAAGAAGAAGGAAAAAGAAACCUUCUGGAUUUCAGUGACUCGGGAGUGGAGCAAAUCGAUUAUGACACUUACUUGGCUGAGACAGGUAAAUCGUUAACAAAAGUGAAUCUCUUAACAUAUGCAAGUGGUUUAAAAGAACACGCCAACAAGUUGCCCCCCGGAGUCUUAAAAGAGUCCCUGACAAGGAACGUAAUCAAGAUCCAAGACAUUCACAAUAUCAAGUUCCUGCCUUUGGAACUGCAACUGAAAGAACUACACCAUCAAAUUCAGGAGCUUCAACAAAGAGGCAGUGGAUUGAAGGUGCAAGUGACCAAUAUUCUUGAUGCUUUGGAUUCUUCUCAGAAAUUCAUCACAAACGAUCUUCCAUCUAUUAUUAUUGAAGAAAGUAAGGAGUAUGCAGAUAUAAUCGUUUCAUAUUUUGAAUAUUAUCUGAACUGGGCCAAGAGCGCUGUCAUGGAGGAAAUCGCAGCCUGCAAACCUGUGGCCACUGCUUUCGAUUCUGCUUUUGACGUCUUUCUGUGCAACUACAUCACCAAACCCAUGAAUUUGUUUUGGUUUGGCAUAGGAAAAGCUACCAUACUGCUACUUCCGGCUAUAAUUAUUGCUGUGAAGCUAGCCAAGUACUAUCGGAGGAUGGACUCGGAGGAUGUCUAUGAAGAUGAUGAAAAUAUAGCCAUGAAAAAAAUGUACAGGUCAGCCUCUAACCCUCUAUGAGCAAAGCUGGUGAACAGAUCCAACUGCACGGUUCUUGGUCUGCAGCGUCUCCAAGUAUUGGAAGAGAAACCGCCCUUUAGGAGUUUACAGAUUCGGUGGUAGCAUCCGAAACAUGCCCUCGUGGGCCCAGGGCGCAAAGUGUGUCCCUGCUUUCCACCUUUCGAAGUGGGGCUUUCGCCAUCUGAGUCUUCCCUAAGAGUUUAAAUGUGUAACACAUUCAUUCAUUUUCAGUUUAGCCUUUGGAACCAGACAUGAAUUUUGUCACAUUUCAUUGCACAGAAAGUUAGACUUGUAGUUGGAAGAAGUUCACAAAUAGCAGAUAUGAGUGUGAACAAUAAAAGAAUGGUUUCCAAAAUAUGACUCCAAUCUUCUUAUUGAAAAAAAAAACUUCUUAUUUCAAUAUCUUGUUCUUGAAAAAAUAGUUACCAUUUAAGGCACUGUAUUAUUUUUUAGGGUGGCUAUAACAAAGUGUAUAAACUGAGUGGCUUAAAGCAACAGGAAUGCAUUCUCUCUUGGUUAUGGAGAUCUGAAGUCUGAAAUCAACAUGCGAUCAGAGUUGGUUUCCCCUAGAGGGCCCGAGGGAAUCCAUGCCAGUCUCUGAGAGUCUGAUGAUUGCAGGCAGUCCAUGGCAUUCCUUGGCUUGUGGACUUAGCACUCUGAUUUCUGCCUCUCCCUUCACAUUUGUUUCUUAUGAAGGCCCUUUGCCUUUCACCUGCCCCCUCAUCUAAUCCUCACCACAUCUCUAUGAGGUCAGCAGUUGUAUUCCUAUUGAUAAACUAAGUGCCUGAAACUGACAGAGGCGAGUGAUCCAACAUCACACAGCCCUUAAGUGUCCAGGUAGGAAGAGGAUCCAAAUCCCUCAUCCCACGGCUCCUAGUUCCUAGUACAUGGACAGCAGAGGCUAGGGUGGGUUUGGCACAGACCAUUUCCUAACAUUUCAAUCUAAAAUCCCCAGAUAGGUAUCCAGUGUUUUUUGAUGAUGAAAUGCAAUGUGAAUCAGCACUGUUCAAAGUGUGGCCUGAGGGCACAAAGCAACAGGAUCAUGUGGGGAGCUCUAGAAAUACUAAUUCUCAGAUUACA